AGCCCCGCGAGGUUGCCUCUCACCUGCCGGCUCUCGCUCUGCUGGCUCCAGCACACACGGUGAGACCAUGGGUACCUUCCAAGGACACCUGCUGGCAGGAGUAUUCCUCCUCGUCUUCUCUCUGUACUAUGCAGUGAUGGUGUCCUUGGCCCUGCUGCGGGGACAGAGGUUACUCAGCCCCCCUUUGCCCCCAAGGGAGAAGCGAGGACACAGGUGGUGGCAGCAGGUACCUGUGCAAGGGAUGAUGAAGGUGGUCAUUGCCCUGGGUGGCAUCAUUCCUGAGUUCUUCUACCCCCCAGGAGAAAACCGGAUGAAGAUAGUAGACUGGGAGGACCCUCGGCGGCCAUUCAUAUUUUACAACAACUGGGAUCACGCCACCAUGUAUGGGUUCUUCAUGCUCAGUGGCGUGGUGGACAUUGUGAGCCAGGCAUGUCAAGCAUGGCAGAACGUCAAGCUGGAGCGAGCAGCUGAGGCCCUGGCCUUCUGUGUGCUGACACUGCUGAUGGCCUCCCACCUGGAGAACAAGGGCACCCUGGAGAUCCGCGUGCAUGUGCUGUUCAUGGUGCUCACCUUCCUGGUGAGCCUGGUGCUCAUCAUCGAGGUCUGGGUCCCUGACCAGCCCACGCUGUGGGUGCUCAAGACCUGGCUGGGACUGGUGCUGAGCUGCUGGAUGCUACAGCUCUCUGUGCUGAUGUACGUUCCCCCCUCGGGGCAGCCCUGGAAGGCAGAGAACCCGGGGGACCUCGCCUUCCUCACCAUCUUCUUCUGUUGGCACCUGGCCUUGGGUGCUGCUGUGCUGGCUGCCGUCUACGGUCUCUGCAGCCUCUGGCACCAUCGCUUCUCCUCCUGGAGGGAGACCCCAGGGGCCAAGUACCAGCCGUGUCCCAGAGACUACAGCAACGAGGAGCUGGAGAAGCUGGGGACAGAGACCAUGCUGCAGGAUGGGGGCAUCUAGGUCGGCCUCUUUCCUGCCUCACUACAUCACUGCUCCAUACGGCUCCUGACCGUGGACUUCCGUGACGUGAGAACAAGGAAUAGGGCUUUUCUCUGACAGCUUUUGGGAUCCAAAAGGAGGCAAUGAAAUGAGGAAAUAGAGGGAGCCGGAGAGUCACUGGGACUCCGGGGGAGGGUUCUAUCAGCUUGAGGCAGAGCUGGCUGAGUACGUGCAGCUCAAAUGUUUAAAGGUGUGAAAGAGAGGGGGUCCGUUUUUGCGUCGUGGUGAGGACUUCUGUUUUCUUCACUUCUCUCUCUGUCUUAUUUACGCUGAGUGUAGCAGGAUGAAGAACCGGUUCUAGAACUGUUGCUACAGUUGCUUUUAGUCUAAACUGAAUGAGACUACUUCUGCCCUCUGCAGGAGCCAGGGAUGAGGGGAAGAGGGUCAAUUGAGCAGGGGCUCAAGUCUGAGAGAAUGGGGGCAAAAGAGGAAGGGCGUCCUGAAGGCGGAUGUAGGAAACAAGGAUGACUGAAAUGUGAUUUUCAGUUGCUCGGGUUUUGCCGUGAUACAAAACUCCGUUGUUCCAACUCUUUCAGUAAAGUCUAUGUUACAAGUC